GCACCGCCAAGCUUACCAGAAGCUCCAAUGAUUGCCAACAUGAUCGCAAGCUUGAUGAGAGGAGUGAAGAGGUCAAGGAAUCGGUUGGAACGAAGACGUGAGUGAAGUCGGUCGAUCAAAGAUCAAGAUGAUGGAAGCAGGUGGGGCACGUCAUUUGUCAUCCGGGUUGGCAGAAUGCUAGCCUAGCAUCGUGACGGCAGUCGGACAUGAAUUGAGCAUGCGGCAAGCUGAGACCAGUGGUCCAAGUGGCAGGAAUGAGAGUAGUCGGGAUUGUCAGUGUGACGAGGAACAGCUUUGGUAGAAAGUGACCCCGCCUUGAUUUUGGUGGUUGGCUUUGACAUUGGUCCGACAACCUUGGAGCCUCGAAGUUGAUUCAUUCUUCACCUCCCAUCUCGAACACUUGCGCCAAAGCAAAAACCAGGCGCCCAGGCUAAAGAAGUAUCGUGACAGCAUCUGGACGACCAAGGCGACGAGGCGACUGAUUGCGCAACGUCAUUAUGGCGAGCAUGGAAGCAAAGGACAUUGAAGAGCGCGGAAAACAGCUGGCAAAGGCAGCAGCAGGCGGCGACCCUCCGGCAACUCUGCUCUCUCUUCUGGACGGACUCAAGGGAUGGACGGCCACGGAAAAGUUGUUGCGCCAGACGAAGAUCGGUGUGCACGUCAACAAGUUGCGCCAUAACAGCGACAGCCAGGUCGGGCGGGCUGCCAGCGCUCUGGUCAACAAAUGGAAGGCCGACGUCAAGAAGUCUCCCACUACAGCUGUCUCCAGCGGCACAAACUCUCCGGCGCCCGCAAAGUCGUCGCCUGCCCCUGCUGCCGCAAAGCAAAAGGCGGAACCUCACGGCGACCCGGAGAAGCGCAACAGCCUGUCUGACAAGGUCAACUGCGGCGUCACUGGAAACCAGACUCGCGAUGCCUGCAUCAAGCUGAUGUACGACGGUCUGGCCUUCAUGUCGCCCGACGCGUCGCAAGACAUCUUGACCGUUGCUCGUUCUGUCGAGCUUGCUGCUUACAACGCCUACCAACCAGAGGGUAGUCCCGAGUACCGCCAGCGCAUUCGCUCCCUCUACCAGAAUCUCAAGAACAAGUCCAACCCAAAGCUCCGUAGCCAGGUGCUUUCUGGUGUUAUCAAGCCUGAUCGCUUUGUACGCAUGACCCACGAGGAGCUGAAGAGUGACAAACAGCGCGCCGAGGAUGAAAAAUUGCAAAAGGAAAACAUGGACAAGGCUAUGGUCGCCCAAGCAGAACGCAGUAUCAGUGCCAGUCUGACCUGCGGCAAGUGUGGUCAAAAGAAGGUCAGUUACAGUCAGGCUCAGACCAGAUCUGCCGAUGAACCUAUGACCACCUUCUGCGAGUGUACAGUCUGUGGCAAUAGAUGGAAGUUCUCUUGAUCCUCUUUGCCCAUCCCUUUUCCUCCUCUCCUUCUAUACGGCACACGUUGCACAAACUCAGCAAGACGAAGUUCCCGUCGUAUGGCAGUCGGCCAUGCAGAUGUUCCCGGUCGUCGCUCGCACCAAGGCGACCAUUCUUGUGCCCUUCUUGACAACGUCCUCUUUGCCAGCACCACACUUCUUCCUCUUCUGGGACGACAUCUUAUUUGCUUCUCAUAUCAAUCACCUGGCUGGAAGGGGAAAAAGCAAGCCGGGGCUUGCAUGGCGAUAACCACACGGAGUAGGUAUUUCCGUACUGCUCUUCUUUUUUUUUAGCAGUGCUUGGUGUUUCGUACGAGCUGGAAACAACCGGCAGAGAGCUUCGCAUUGAAGCUCCCCUCAUUGCUAUGCUAUAGCCACGAUAUCGCAGUAAUAUUAGC